AUGCCUCACACCAAGGACAGCACCCUCAGCCGUAAGACGAUCAAAUCGUCUGACGGGGCACCGACCGUUACUGCCGAGCUAUCAGGCUACCUUCGACACCUACACCAUCCUCACGAUCUAGCUAUCUUGGGGUUCGACAAGGAAACCAAACAGGCGAAAAUAGCACUCGUCGACAAAGGUUUACAUCCUUACAUGCGAGGGUACAGAGAGAGCUUUGAAGGGACACAUUCGGUCGAGACGAAAUUCGAUUUUGAGUCUCGAGGUCGCGCUUUGAUCGAACAGAUGAACUCUGAAUAUAAAGGAUGUAAGACCCAGAGUUUGUUGGAGAAAAACAAAUUCCCAUUUGAAGUUUUCUCUUUCUGUUCAUCAGCUAAGAUAUCUUGUUCAGACGCAUUGAUGAGUGAUAGUUUGGGACAUGUAUAUAGGGCACCGAAAAGCUUCAAAUUUACCGAGGUACGCAGACCGACCCCCUCAUACGCUUCCAUGGUGGCUUCUCGUAAGGCUUGGUGCGAUGAUUGCGGAUCGUAUCGCCGGAUGGAAGUUUUGCCGAACGAGAGAUUUGACGGAUAUCUCGAAGAGGCGGAAACAGAUAAGGUCAACGAAACGGACAUGGAAGGGUCAAGCGAGAGGGAAGGAAGAUCAUGGUGGGAUACUGCUAGUGAUCUUUGGGAUAGAUCUAGGAGAACAAUCGGAUUAGCUUCGGCAUAUGCAAGUCGAGAGCCUUCCUUAUGGUAA